CGCCCUCGGGGCCCCCGAUGGGCGACGCGGCGCGGGGCUUACCCCUUGGUAGCCCUGCGGCUGCCAUGGAGGUGCCCUGCGUGCUGCUCGCCGCCGCUCUGCUCCCGCUCCUGAAAUCUGGCAGGGCUACCGAACCGCUGCCCACCCUGGCCCCGCCACUAAGCAUGGUGGUGGCCGGGCAGCGCCGGCAGCUGGUGGUCUGUGUGGUGAGCGACCUGGCACCCAGCUCCGGCAAUGCUGUCUGGAUCUCCAGCCAGAAUGGCAGCGCUUUGCAGUCCUUUGCCUACGGGUCUUCCCAGGAGGACGGUGGCAGCGUCUGCACUGUCUCCCUCCUCCCUGAGCAUCCCCCGGCCGAGGGGGAUCUCGCUUGCCACGUGGGACCCAACAGGACCUCCCCAGCCCACAGCUCGAGCCGCCUCCGCAUCACCGGCAAGGAGGAGAUGGCAGGGCAGUGCUCCAGUGGCAUCGAUGUGUGCAAGUAUGUGGCAGUGGAGCUGAAAUCUGCUUUUGAGGAGACUGGCAAGACCAAGGAGGUGAUUGACACCAAGUAUGGCUUCCUGGAUGGGAAGGGUUCUGCUGUGAAGUACACACAGUCAGACAUCCGGUUAAUUGAGGUGACAGAAAACAUCUGCAAGCGGCUGUUGGACUACAACCUGCACAAGGAGAGGAGUGGCAGCAACAGAUUUGCAAAGGGCAUGUCGGAGACGUUUGAGACCCUGCACAACCUGGUGCACAAAGGUGUUAAGGUGGUGAUGGACAUCCCCUACGAGCUGUGGAAUGAGACCUCUGCUGAAGUGGCUGACCUCAAAAAGCAGUGUGACGUGCUGGUGGAAGAGUAUGAAGAUGUGAUCGAAGACUGGUACAGGCACCACCAGACAGAGGAUCUCUCCCAGUUUCUCUGCGCCGACCAUGUGUUAAAAGGGAAGGACACUAGCUGCCUGGCAGAGAAGUGGACCGGCAAGAAAGGUGACUUGGCAAGCGUGGGUGAGAAGGAGAGGAAGAAGAAGAGCACGAAGAAGAAGAAGAAGGGCCGAAAGGAUGAGCGUGAGGGAGUUGCCAGCCUCCCGGUCACAGGAGAAGCCCUGGAGGAGAGUGGGGUCCAGGAGGAGGCUCCACUUACCCACAGCCCGGCCGAUGAGCUGUAGGGCCAGAGCUCCAGCCCCCCGGGCCGCCCGCUCGGGGGAGGUCUUACCCCACCCUGCGGGUACCAAAGGAAAAGAGACUUGCGUUGCGGCGUGAGCGACCCCGGGAAGCCGGAAUGCCCGGCCGAGACUCGCCAGCCUGGGCGCGAUUCCACGAGCAGAGGGGCGGCACGGAGCCGCCGCCCCAGGGCUGCUGCUUCGCCGCUGGGGCUCCAGCUCCGAAGGCCGCGGGUGCUGCCCGGAGCGGGCUCCUCCCCCUGCCCGCACCCUGCCGGGACUGUAAAUAAAGACGUUUUGCCCACA